AAUAAUGUAGGUACGUUCAUCCAUAAGCACACAUUUAUACCAUCAUCUCAUUCAUAUCAAUAUCAUACAUCAAUGACUCAUCCUUCAUGGCAUCCUAUCCCUUCCACUAAGGCUACUCCCUGUGAGGGUAUACACUUUUUACACAUGGAUUUGAUUAAUCAAUGCGAGCAUACACUUCAUCCCAUCAAUCAAUCAAUCGAUGAAGAACAAGGAAGUACGGAUAUCAUAAGAUAUUACGACUUUUAUGACCAUCAUCAUUAAUCUACUAGCAUUGUGUGGGAAACCCGACCGGGGGAGGGGAGUGAGGGCCGACUCGGCCAGGAAGGGAAUUGGGGGAAAGGGAAUGGCACACUUGUAAUUUAGAAUAAUUCGGUUUACUACUUAAGCCUACAGCUCAUUAGUUUUGGAAGUCAAGUAAUAAUAAUUCAGAAAACUCAAAUCCCUGGUCUCUCUCUUCUCUCUUGUUCUUCCCCAAUUCUCCAAAUCCCUAAUUUCUUCUCUUCUCAAUCCCUAAAUCCUCAAUUGGAAUUUCUUGUGUCCUACACAUUGGUGUUCUCAUAUCAUCAUCAUCAAUAUCAUUCAUGUAUAGAUGGAUUAUCAAUCCUCACGUACACGCCUAAUGAUGAUGCCUACUAGGUGGAAUGAGUCUUCAUAGUAUCCCACUUUAGUAGUAUAAAAGAAAGCACAUUACUAUAUAUAAACGUGAAGUAAGUUUACUAUAAUUACAUUUUGAUGCCCCAAAUUUAAUUUAAUUACAACUUAGUUACUAUAAUGUACAUUUUACAUUUGGGUUAAUUGCAUGGUUGGUCACUAAGAUUACAAAAAAACGUUCAAGUUUGGUCACUCGAAAUAUUUAAAUCAAUUGGUGGUACUUCAGAUUACUCAAACCAUUCACGUUUGGUCACUCUCCAUCCAACUCCGUUAACUUUGACUGAUGUGGCAGUCAACUCUCAAAGUUGACCGUUAAAUUAGUGACGUGGCAACUAAAAAUUUAUUAAAAUAAAAAAUAAAUUUUCAUAUUUUCCACCUCAUUAUUACAUACAUUAAAAAAAAAACUAAUACCCUACCCACCCAACCUCCACCGCCGCUUCAAUCCUUUCCACAUGGCCUCGUCAAGCUGAAACCCAAUCCUCCUCUCCAAAUCGGACCUUAUAAAUACCAUUGUUAAUGGCUUCCUUUGGCACAGAGAAAUGGUGGCUUUUCGCAUGGGUAGAAAGCUUAGAACCUUAUAAAUGGCAGUUUCCUCUCUCUCAGGAUUCUCACUUGGCAGUUUCCCCGCCAAUUGACUUCCCACAAAUUACGACCAUCCACUCUUAACAUUUCCAUCCCGAUAAGUUCAAUCCGCUCCCAACAUGGAAAUCCAGACGAUUCCCGUCUCCAAUAUUGAUCGCUGAAAGAUUGCCGGAGAGAAAGUUUCAGAAUCGGUUGCCGGAGAAGAAAAAUGGAGGUGAUGGAGGCGGAGCCAAUGACGAACAGGAAGAGCAAGAAGAAGAGGAUCGAGCUGGGGAUCUCCUGUAUGCUGAACACGGAAGUCUCCUCUGUCCUCGCCGUGCUCCGCCGCCCGACAGCAGACCCCACAGCGGCGCAAUUCCUCUCUCAGGAGAAAAAAAAACUCCGACACCGCGCUGUCGGCGCCGGCGAACCCUCUCUGAUUACAAGGGAUUUGCUCGGCGACGGCGGCGGCGGCAGUACUAGCUCCGCCGUCGGUGAGUCGGACGGCAAUGAGUUUCAGGAAUUGGACCUCGACGUCUGUUGGGUAUUAGCGGAAUUGUGGUGGAAAAUAGGAUCAAAACAAAGGAAACAAUUGGUGUUUAAUCACUCUUUUUAUAAAUUACUCAAACAAACAAGGCCUUAACUUUUGGCUCUUGUUGCUUACAAACACAUAGAUACAGAGACUUCUUUCUUUCUUUAUGUCUCUCUGACAAUCUCUUGCAAACCCAUACAUACACAUUUAUAUUACAAUGAAAGAAGAAACUAAUAAUGCUAUUGGCUCCAU